UCAGCAGUAGCGUGCAUUCAGUAUAAUAUGGCGUAUUUACGAGGUUAUACAGAGGUCGGUACGAUACGUGGUGAACUGAUAAGCACUAAGCAGGAGGCUCGAUGUUUGGCAGAAGAAAUAGAACAGCAGCGGGAGGGCUUGGCUGAGGAUGAGGAGCGCCUCCG